CCACAGGCGCCCGGCAGACUGCUCCUUUCAACAGAGUAUGGCCUAGGCAGGGGCACCUGCAGACCGGAUUUGAACUCGAGAGUUCCUGGCUCUCCGAGCGGGCUAUUUCGGCAGGCUCUCCGUGGAGGCCCAGACUCCUCUGCUUCCCAUGGGCAGCUGCCAGGCAGGGCACAACCUGCAUCUCUGUCUGGCCCACCACCCACCUCUGGUUUGUGCCACUUUGAUCCUGCUGCUUCUUGGCUUCUCAGGCCUGGGCCUGGGUGGCUUCCUCCUUACCCAUAGGACUGGCCUUCGCAGCCCUGACAUUCCACAGGAUUGGGUCUCUUUCUUGAGAUCUUUUGGUCAGCUGACCCUGUGCCCUAUGAAUGGUACAGUCACAGGGAAGUGGCAAGGGUCGCACGUCGUGGGCUUACUGACUACCUUGAACUUUGGGGAUGGUCCAGACAGGAACAAGACUCAGACAUUCCAGGCCAAGAUCUCUGGUAGUCAGAUGGGAUUGAAAGGGUCUUCUGCAGCAGAGCUGAUCCUCAUCACAGCCAGAGUGGCUCCAGAAAGGACUCCAGGAACCUGUCUAUAUUUUAGUGCUGGUCCAGGAAUCCUGCCCUCCAGUCAGCCACCCAUAUCCUGCUCAGAGGAGGGAGCAGGAAAUGCCACCCUGAGCCCUAAGAUGGGUGAGGAGUGUGUCAGGGUCUGGAGCCACGAAGGCCUUGCACUCACCAAGCUGCUCACUUCGGAGGAGUUGGCGCUGUGUGGCUCCAGGCUGCUGGUGUUGGGCUCUUUCCUGCUUCUCUUCUGUGGCCUUCUCUGCUGUAUCACUGCUAAAUGCUUCCACCCACGCCGGGAGUCCCACUGGUCUAGAGCCCGGCUCUGAGGGCACUGGCCUAGUUCCUGCCUUGUUCUCAGGUGUGAAUCAACUUCUUGGGCUUUGUUCUGAGUUGGAAGAAAUGUACAAAAAGUGAAGAGCUGGAGAGUUGGGGGAAAUAAAAGGCUUUUUUUUUUUUUUUUUUUAUCCCUGUCCCUGGCUGGCCUUGGACUUGAGGUCCCCCUGCCUCAACCUCCUGAGUGCUGGGAACUCAGACCAGUGCCAUCUCAGCCCAUUCCCUUUGUUGAUUUUUUUUUUUUUUUUAGUUUGGGGAACAGGUAGGCAUAGCGCAUAGUUACUUCAGCUCUUUCCCGAGGUUGGAAAACAUUGGCUCUGCCAUUCAGUGUCUUGAUUCUUUCCAUGAACUUUAUGAAUAAUUGGGGGUUUGACCUAAAUACAUAGAAAAUGCUUUAAUAUAAAUGCACUGUGACCUUGGGUAAGUCAUGCAACCCUG